AUGAUAGGCACCUCGAUACCGCAGUACAUUUUCAUCCGGCUGUGCAUCUUUGCGCUGCGGUCGAUCACGCCUCUGAGCAUCUUCUAUGUCUCCUUUAGUCUUGCCGAGCAGCCCACGUCUGCUGGCGGGAGAUGGCUCCUCGCCUGGAGCGUCGUGGAAGCGGCCUUCUGGCUGUUCGUCUACAUUCCCCGCAAGCGCGCGCUCCAAGCCUCGGCGCAACACCCCCCGCUGCUCGACAAGGAGGAGAGGAAGGCCCUGUUCUGGAAGUGCUGGGACAACAUCCCGUACCCCGACCACUACCUCAGCAGGUGGUUCUUGGGCGCCAGGCCAGGCGAGGUGCGCAGGGAGAACGUGAAGGAGUUCUUCGAAUGGGCGCUCAUGAACAGAGGCACGGAGAACGAGGACGAGCUGGUGCGGCGCGCACGAGAAGAGCCGGAGGCCAAGACGGAGGAGGAGCAGGAGCUGGACGAGUACGCCGACGGCAUCGAGGCCAUGCUGGGCCGGCCGAUGGCGCCUGGCCGCGGUCCUGCAAAGAGCCUGCGCUUGACCCUGGACGAGAUCAACAUGCGCCACAGGCCGGCGGCGUGGUACUUGAUUGUCAUGCUCGUCGACACGGUGGCGGCGGCCCUGCUGUGGUACACGGGCUUCGUCCUGCAUCGCGCCCCGCUCCGCUCCGCUUUCGCCAUCUUCCCGCCCCGCCCCGCCUCCCUCUGCACCCGACAGCUCUCCGCCGCGCCUGACCUGAGCUACUGGUACCGGCCGCACACCUCCCAGACGCGCCUGCCUAUUCUGUUCAUCCACGGCAUUGGCAUCGGUCUCAUCCCCUACAUCCAGUGGCUUGCUGAGGUCAACCAGCAGGACCCAGCGACCGCCGACGGCGAGAUUGGCAUCAUCGCGGUAGAGCUGAUGCCCAUCAGCUUCCGUAUCACAGGCCCCAUCAUUGGGCCUGACGAGAUGUGCCGACAGAUCGACCUGAUCUUGGAGCGCCACGGCUUCGACAAGGUGGUGCUGGCCAGCCACUCGUAUGGAUCGGUCGUCAGCACACACCUGCUGAGGAACGCAGCCACCGCUGCCAAGAUUGGCCCAGUCCUGUUUGUUGACCCCGUCACCUUCCUCCUGCAUCUCCCAGACGUAGCCUACAACUUCACUGCACGACGGCCACGCGGCGCAAACGAGCACCAGCUCUGGUACUUUGCCUCCACCGACAUGAUGGUCGCGCACACCCUCGCCCGACACUUUUUCUGGGCUCACAACAUCCUCUGGAAAGACGACCUGCGCGGCCGCGACGUGACGGUCAGCCUGGGCGGUCGCGACCUGAUUGUCGACACCCCGACCGUUGGCAAGUACGUCUCGGGCGUUGAUCUGAAGAGCGAGGACCGUGCGUGGAAGGAUGCAGAGUGGAAAGGCCAAGGGGUGGAGACAAUCUGGUGGCCCACAGCAGACCACGCGCAGGUGUUUGAGAAACAACAAGGACGGAUGAAGCUGGCGCACGUCCUGCGAGAGUAUGCCAAGCGCAAGGAGCAGGUGGACGAGGGCGACCUGUCUUGA